AAAAUAAAAUCCUAUCCUACAGUUUCUUCUUCAGUCCCCCUCCAUUCUAUCAGAUUCAGCAAAAACGUCAUUUCUUGUCCAAACACAGACCCACUGACACCAUCAUCACCAAUGUUCUCAUCGACACAACAAUUGUCCUUAUCCUCUCCUCCCCCAUUCUCCAUCCCCAAUUUCCUCCAUCUCUUCUCCCACCACCAUAAAAAAUGAGAGAAAUCUGAAAACCAAAUUCGAACGCACGUUACCAUACUAGUUUCAUCAAAAUGAGAAGAAACUAAAAUUCCAAAACCAAAUUCGAAAGCACGAGCACAACCAACUUUAUUAUAAUCAUAUGAGUCGAUAAUCAAAUUGUACCAUCGACUAUCGACUAUACCAAUUGUUAUACAAUCUAGGAGUAAACAAGUUUCAUCAAAAUGAAUAGAAACUGAAAAUCCCAAACCAAACCAAAGCAAACAUUUCUCUCGUUGUAUUGCACUCAUGGUUUCAUCUCCAUUGCUAGUAUCCCUCACUCUUUUCCUUUCUCUCCCUCUCUUGUUGUUUCUAUCUCCUCAUAUUUUGUCCCCUCCCGACGCCGACGACCUCACCCUCUUCCGCCGCGCCGCCGCCCCCCACACCACCUCCCACCUCUCCGCCACCCCUAAAAUCGCCUUCCUCUUCCUCACCAAUUCCAAUCUCACCUUCUCCCCCCUCUGGGAAAAAUUCUUCUCUUCCUCCGACCACCACCACCGCCUCUUCAACAUCUACAUCCACGCGGAUCCCACCCAAAACAUCGCUUUCCCCGGCGGCGGCGUCUUCCAUCACCGCUCCCGCCUCGUCCCCGCGAAACCCACCGCCCGCGCCUCCCCCUCCCUCAUCUCCGCCGCCCGCCGCCUCCUCGCCGCCGCCCUCCUCGACGACCCCCUCAACCACUACUUCGCCCUUCUCUCCCAACACUGCAUCCCUCUUCACUCCCUUCAAUUCACUCACAACUUUCUCUUCAAAAACCCCACUCACCCACAUAAAAGCUUCAUUGAGAUUCUCUCCAACGAACCCAACCUCUUCGACCGCUACACCGCGCGUGGCGAACACGCGAUGCUCCCAGAAGUACCCUUCUCCUCCUUCCGCGUGGGGUCGCAGUUCUUCAUCCUCACUCGCCGCCACGCGCGCACGGUGGUGCGUGAUAUAAAGCUUUGGAACAAGUUUCGGCUUCCGUGUGUCACAGAAGAACCUUGUUACCCCGAAGAGCAUUAUUUUCCCACCCUUUUGUCCAUGCAGGAUCCGAAUGGGUGUAGCGGGUUUACACUGACCCGGGUCAACUGGACCGGGUGCUGGGACGGGCACCCGCAUCUGUACACCGCUCCGGAGGUGUCUCCGGAGCUGGUUCGCCGUCUGAGGGAAUCGAAUUCGAGCAGCUACCUGUAUCUCUUCGCGAGGAAGUUCGCGCCUGAGUGUCUUCGGCCGUUGAUGGAGAUCGCCGAUGACGUCAUUUUCCGGGAGUGAGAGUGAGCCGGGCAUCUUUGAUGAUGAUAUUGGGAAGAGGAAACCUUGUGUUGAUGUUCAAUGCAAAUGUGUACAGAAAUUCUGAUUUCUUUAAUUGUAAAUUUUAGUAUGUAGUACAAAAGUCAAAGGUGGUUUCCAAAGGAGGCCACAGGUCGAAUAUUGAGAAUUGUAGUUUGAAAAGUCUCAUGCAAAAGUUCCACUAUGAAGGGAGUUGAAAAGUUGUAAGAUGGAUAAAUAGAUUAUGUAUGAUGUGCUAGCCAAAUUUUGAGUGCAACACAAAGAAAACAAGCAAUAGUCAAUUUUUUUCCCAGUUCUUUCCCUCUUUUUUUUCGUCUUGUCUUGAGGACUUUCAACUUCAAUGUAAUUCCCAAAAGGUUUGAAAAACAAAAAACAUGCUUGGAAAACGAAAAA